GGUCGGUUGUAGACCUGACAGCUCCCCGGCCUGAGUCAGGCAGUGAAGUGAUGGCAGAGUGGUGAUAAGGAGAUGGAGAGUGAAGAGGUGGCUGUCUCCUAACCAGAGCAUGUGUGUGUGCGAGAGAGAACGUAACGUUAAACUGAAAAGCCAAACUGACAGUAAAAAGACUGUGUUUAGCAUGAUUACCCUCCUGUCUGCACUUCAGUGUUAUACCCAUCCUCAGAGACAUACAAGAAAUUGUUUCACAGAUAAACCCGGUUUGGAAAUGUAUGUCACACACAAGCCUGCACUGGAAAUGGACUACGUACAGACCAUGAUAUCCUGUGUGUAGCAUGUAACAUGAUAGCAUGGUUGCCUGAUGUGAGAGGAGCAGCACCAAAUCGAGAACUCACAAAUCAAUUGAGAUGACCCAGCUUCAUUCAUCUGAAGUUGUGCUGAAGAACACGGCUGAGGCUGUUAUUGUUCCAUUAAAAUAUGGCAUCUCCUCCCUGAAUGCAGUCUAUCAGGCGCUGAUUGAGACAGAUGUAGAUCCUGUUACUGGGCAAUGCUCCAACUACAACACCAUCAGACAGCAGAUAGUGCAUGCUCAUCAGAACCUGAAGCGCUCAGAUCAGAGGGCCAGUUCAGGGUUAAAGAAUCUGGAUGAAAAUUUGGAGAGACUUACAGAAGCCGAGGGAAAACUGGAACGUAAGAAGAGCUGUACUGAGACUCAUUUAGAGAAUUUGAGAACAGAGCAGGCAUCUAAUGAAGAAUUACGCAGAAAAUCUCAAGCAGCUUUGGAACAGGCCAGGAGGAAUCUGAAUUCAACAAAACAGACACUUUGUGAUCAGGAAAGCAGGAAAAACACUGCUGAAAUCAUCACAGGUGUUGGACUGGGAGUGAUGGUUAUACCAAUCGUUGGAUGGAUUGCAGGUCCUGUCAUGGUGAUUGGUGGUGCCAUUGAAAUGGAUGAAGCAGAACAUGCUAUUGGAGUGGCUGAAGAGGAACUGAGAAACUCUGAGACUGACGUGAAAAAAUAUGAAAGUAAAAUGUCUGAAUAUGAGUCCAAGAUUUCCCAGACCAAACAAGAUAUCCGACAGAAAGACAAGCUGAAGCCGAAGCGUGAAGGAAUCCAGAAGCUAAAGAAGCAGAUCGAGUCUGUUGCUGACUUCCAGAAGAAACUGAGAAGAGCCGUCCACCUCCUGGGUGUCCUGAGCGGGAAGACCAGCGUGGCUGAACAUCAGACUCGCAGAUUCAUCCUCCAUGAGCCUGUGAUGAAGGUGAUGGAGGAUGUGAUGAAAGCCACAGAGCAAAUCAUAGGCAAUGAGCUCCUCUACGGCAAUGACAUGCCAAGACUCAUCAAUCAAAUGAAGGAAAACGGCCAACGAUUGGUAGAAAUUUGUGCCUCAGAGACCAGCUCUAAGAAUAACACCAGUUUGUUAAAUUUACGUGAUCUUUUUUAAAGUUAUAUUUACACUCCAUGGUCAGAAUAAUCUGAUCUUGGUCAGCUUGGUGUGG